AUGCUUUGUGUCGCGCUGCUAUUUAUCCCACAACCACUGUGUGCUCCACUCAUUGGUGUGUCUAUUGCUUCUGUGGCACUUGGGGUGCUUGGUAUCAUGCCGUUUUUGGGUGUGAAUCUUGACGCUACGUCGAUGAUUACAAUCAUGUGGCCACAAACGCUCCAGGACUUGUAUAUAUCGAUUGCGGUAAUGCUUUGCGUCGCGCUGCUAUUUAUUCCACAACCAUUGUGUGCUCCUCUGAUUGGUGUGUCUAUUGCAUCGGUGGCACUUGGGGUGCUAGGUAUCAUGCCGUUUUUGGGUGUGAAUCUUGACGCUACGUCGAUGAUUACAAUAGCAAUGAGUGUGGGAUUCUCUGUUGACUUUGCCGCCCAUGUCUCCUACGCGUUCAUGACACAAAAGAUCAGCGACGGUGAUCCAGAAAGUGCUCCAUUCUCCCGUCUACAAUCAACGCUCGGCACUGUGGGUUGGCCAAUUACUCAAGCGUCGAUGUCCGUUCUGCUUGGGAUCUCGUCGUUGUCAUUCGUUGACAGCUAUGUCGUACAAACAUGCUUCAAGACUGUUCUAUUAGUCAUUACUUUCGGUAAGUUCCCUUAA